AUGAAAGUGGGUGAUAUUCCUAAUGAAGUCUAUAAUAGAAGAAACCAAGUUCAUCGUUUGGUGGAGAUGGAAGAAAUGAAUCUAAAGGACAAUGAAAAUAUUAAUUAAUCAUUGAUAAAUGAAGAGAGUUUAAAACAACCUCUAAAAUAAACAUAGUAAGAACCUGUUGGAUGUUUGGCAAGGAUAUUCGGAAUAUCUAAAUCAAAACCAUAACAAAAAGAAGAAGAGUACAAACCAACUGAAUUGAAGGAUCAUUAUGAUCUAUAUGAUGAAGAUUGGUUUACUGACUAAAAGAACAUUAUCUUAUAAUCAUAAGAAACAGCUACUCCUGACGGAAAAAAAGAAAUUAUUCAUAUCAUUUGUCCAGAUGACACAAUAGAAGGGUUGGAAUUAUAAUAUGGAGUGCCUGCAUGUAGAAUACGGACUUAUAAUAACCUAUAAACUAAUGAUAUUUUUUAUUUGAAGAAAUUGAUCAUCCCUAAUCCAACUAGUGACUAUAAAAAAUAAGAUGUUGAUAUAGAAAAGUAUAUGCAAGAAUUGAAAAUUGGACUGUUCUUAGAUUAAGUGUGUUAACCAGAAGAUAAGAGUCGUAAAGUUGCAAUAUUUUACUUGGAUAUGAAUAAUUGGAAUUACCAAAAGGCCGCUCUAGAGUAUAUAGAGGAUUACAAAUUCGAAUUGCUAUAAAAAUAAGCCAAGAAAACAUCUUUACCUAAAGGUUAUUAGUGAUUCUUUUUAAGUUCCAAAAAUAUAACGAUUAUGUAAUUAUAU